AUGCCGCGGACGGCGGCGCCGGCGACGGCCCGCUUGCUCUGCUCCACGCCGCGAACGGCGGAGCCUUCCUACCUGCAGCCGACCUUCUCCUCGCUGCAGAAGGUGGCCCGCAGCGACUUCGACAUCCACGCCCACUUCGUGGACGGCGAUGCGCCGGCGGCGGACGGGCAGCGGUCGGCGCUUAGAACCGCGGGCACGCCGCACCAGUACGCGGCCGCCGCCGGCGGUCUGAAGCGGCCGCUCUCGGCGUCGCCGUUCCCGCUGGAGGUGACCGACGGCGUGGGCCCGGUCAGCCAGCAGCCCGCCAGCUUCCAGUACAAGCAGGAGCCGUCAGUGUACCCGUACAAGCACGAGCACCCGGGCUACCCGUACAAGCAGGAGCCGUCGGCGACUCCGUACCGCCAGGAGCGGCCAGGCGGCCCGUUCGCGCCGGACUCGAGCCCCGACCGUCAGUACGGCCCGGACCCGAGCGGCGGGCGCCUGUACCCCGUCGGGCCGCUCGACUCGCCGGCAGAGGCGGCGCUCGUCAAGCACAUCGAGAAGGUGCACGUGGACAGCCGCGGCGGAGACGAGUACACCUGCUUCUGGGCCGACUGCCCGCGCCAGCAGAAGCCCUUCAACGCCCGCUACAAGCUGAUGAUCCACAUGCGCGUCCACUCGGGAGAGAAGCCCAACCUGUGCUCGUACGACGGCUGCAACAAGGCGUUCUCGCGUCGGGAGAACCUGAAGAUUCACCUCCGAUCUCACACGGGCGAGAGGCCGUACAACUGCGAAUUUCCCGGCUGCCCUAAGGCGUUCUCAAACAGCUCUGACCGCGCGAAGCACCAGCGGACUCACAAAGAUGCGACCAACUCAUCGACCUGA